AGCCUGCAUUAGCGAAGCGUGGCGCUAACCGUGGAUGGGAAACACACAUACGUGUAUUUAUAUAUCUGUUUUGUUUUCCUCCCCUCCCCCGUGUGUGGAAUCUGCAGUGUGCGAAGGACCAACUCCUACCCGAGUAUCUUCACUGUUUACAGUCGCUGUUUUGACCGUUGGCGAACUUGUUUCCUCGCCAUGCACGCUCUGCCUCUCCGUGCUGUGGGGGCAAGCACUAUCGGACGGCGGCAGCUCGUUGGGGCGGCCUCGGGCAUGCGCACCAGCAGCAUCAGCGUGCUCUGCAGCGGCUCCUUGCUCGCACGUUUUCAUUCCACCACCGGCGGGAAGGAGCAGGCGGGCAUGCCGAACGUGCCAGCUCCGUCGUCCACCGCUGCUGCUGCGCCGGUGCAAGGCGCGUCCGCAGCGACCUCAAAAGAAAAAGAAGCAGCUUCCGCAGUUCCGCCCUCGUCUGCUCCGCAGACAUCAGCCACAUCGGGCGAGGCCACGCAGAGCAGCACAUCCUCUGUGAGCCCCACCAGCACCAGCGGCAGCGAUGACUCCAGCUCAGGCGAGGUCACCGCCGCUGAGCCGGAGCCGGUGCGUUGGGUGCAGCCGACCUACGAGGACCCCGACACACUCCCCAUCGUGGACGACAGAGGGGAGUACAUCGUGUCCCGUGUGCAGUGGCCCACCGGCGAGAUCGCUUACCGCACGCCCGCCCCGGUGGACGACAAGCUCGCCCCCCGUUUCGGCUACAACAUCGUGCAGGUGCGGAAGCACGUGUCGUGGUGGAAGUACAACCAGAAGUAUCCGCGCCUGUCCCUCGCGUACAUUAACAUUCAAGUUCUGUUUCUGUUAGGGCUGGCGUGGCUCGUGGCCUUCCUCACGACGGAGUACCGCAGCGCGACGGAGGCGAUGCGCACGCCUGGCGCGAUGGUGGGCGAGCACCGCGGGAAAGGCCCCGCAACGAACCAGACCCAAAAGGUGACCUUCGAAAAGGGUGAGAUGUCCGCCCUGCUCGACAAGGCGCAGAACAACUGGUACGACGCCACGGCAGAGGCCUCCUACGUGGGCUCGAAGGAGUACAAGAUGAAGAAGAUUCCUCGGCCGAAGGAGUUCUCCGCGGAGGACUUCCGCAAGCGAUAG